AUGGAUUCCUCCUUAAACACACUCUCAUUGAAUGAUUGCUGCACCAUCUAUAUUCACUACACUCACUUAACUAUUUCUUCUACAUCCAAUGACCCAAAUAACCUUAUUUUUAAAUUAAUAACACCCAUCUUCAACAAAUUCGAGAUUCCUCUCGAAACAUUAUACAACAAUACUCAUAUUAACAACCAAUCUUUACUCGAAACCUUUCAUGCCAUACCUAGUUCUGUAAUUGACACGGUUCUACGUGGUUUGAGAGAUUUCGCUACAAGAAUAAUCCUACAUGGAAAAUCGGAGGAGAUGCAUAUAUUGCUACGAAGGGUUAGUUCACGCAUAGGACAACAAGAUCAACUUGAUCAAAAUGAUCAACAAAUUGUGGGUUUAUCAUCAAACGUGAAUGUUGAUAUUACUUCAACUUCUAAGGAUCAAUGUUCGAUUUGUUUCGAAGAGUUUUGCGACGGAUCGCAAAUUUAUCUCUUUUAUACAAAAUGCUCUCAUGUUUUUCAUAAAGAAUGUAUUGCUGAAUGGAUCUUUAAAUGCAUGAGUCGUGCACGCAUUUAUACUUGUCCAUUGUGCAGAGGUGAGAUGAUGUGA